AUGGCGACAUUACAAAAAAUAAGGUUACUCGCGACACAAUGUGCGGUUGCGCCACCGACAAGAAGUCCGUCGCCGUCAACAAGUCCGGUAAUCCAUCUCCGGCGACGAAAAACGUUACGAAUGUUACUGGGUCGACGGAGAAUGCCGGAAUUUACAGAUCGGAGUGACGUAAACUCAUCGGAAAAUAGAAAAUGUCAUCAUAAUAAUAAUAAUGUGGGUGUGAGAAAAAAGUUGAAGGACUUGCUUGUAUCAUCAUCUCCGCCGUCGCCGCGGCUGCUUGAAGAAAAGGGUUGUGAUGAAAUAAAGCGGUGGGGUGUUGACGGCGGCGGUGGGAUGAUUUUCCGGCGCGGUGGUGGUGGGUUGAGAGGGCGGUUGUCGGGGACGUUACGGCAAAGGUUACUUAGACGAGCAUGGAGGCCUGUACUUGUAACGAUUCCUGAGUGA